AUGAAAACGGCACCAAAGACAACUUCAGAUAAGAAGGGAAGAGCCACAAUGGUCGUCAAAGUGGCUGAAGGAACUACCUUUGCCGAGGUGCUGGCGAAGGUUCGAAAAGAGGCUGACUUGGAGGCCAGCCAGACAAGGGUUGUGGGAGCUGUACCCACUAAAAAGGGAGACCUCCUUAUUAAAAUUGGGGGGUCUUCGAACAGGAAAUUGUUCACCGAGGAGGUGACAAAGGUGAUCGGCGAUCUGGGUAAGGUGCAGAUGGCGGAUCGGCAGACUGUGCUGGAGAUCCGCGACAUGGACACCCUUACCGAACAGAAGGAUGUCAAAGAAGCCCUGGACAAACUAUCUACGGUGCGAGCAGGAAGCAGGAAGGUGACGGUCCUCGGACCAAAUAAGCGGGGUAUUAAGCUCGCUGUCGUGGUCACCUCCCAAGAGGACGCUCACAAGCUGGAGAAGAUAGGGCACAUCAAAAUCGGUUUUGUGUCCUGCAGAAUAAGUAGAAGAGUUAUGGUCACAAGGUGCCACAGUUGCCUUGGCUAUGGCCAUAUAGGUCGAGACUGCCAAGCAGUAGAUAGGUCGGCUGCGUGCUUCAAUUGCGGGGAAGCCGGCCAUAAGGUAGCAGAUUGUAAGAAGAGCCCAUGCUGCUUCUUAUGCAAGGCGAAGUUCGGCGAAAAGGAGAACAUCCAACACGUCGCUGGAUCAGGUCGGUGCAAGGUCUUCAGGACUGCCUUAGAGGAAGCUAAGAAGACCCUGUCAAUAACAAGGAGAAAAUAA